AAUUGCGUUGUGUUUGUCUCCAACCAAACACAACAUUCGUGUCCAACUUGAACUGUAAAAUUUAUUUCAGACCAGUUCCAUGUAUAGAUUUUGAGGUCCUAGUUUCAUCCUACGCUAAAGGUGUAUUGGUUCCUCCAUUACAACAACGAGACCCACUCAACCAUACCUUCAUAUUGACUUCCCAAGUUGGAUCAACCAAUUCUCUAAUUUCUCUCAAACUCCGAUCUCCAACUCCACCGGCACUGUCACUCGCCGAUCUCCGAUCGACCACAACACGAAACCCUAGCUCUCACUGUUUCGACUGCUGAACAGUUUGAAGCUAAACCCCAUGACACGCCAGUACUUUGACCAGACCAUUUUCAGAUCUGCAAAGAAUUGGUGUGUAUAGGUCUUGUAUUUGGUUUUUGAAUUUUCGAUUUUGAAUCGAAAUGGCAUCGAGGAAUAGAACCAUAUUGUUCAAAAAGUACAGAGAUGCGUUGAAAAGCGUUCGUGUUCCAUCGGGUUCUUCACCGUCGACUUCUGGUGGUCCGGUGAUUGAAUUGUCGACCACUUCGCUUCUCAAUUCCAACCGCUCUCGCUCUUAUGCUCCCCUCAGUACUGAAGAUCCAGGAAGCUCCGGUCAAGGUGCGCUUACAGUGGGUCUACCUCCAGCUUGGGUGGAUGUAUCUGAAGAAAUAUCAGCAAAUGUGCAACGUGUGCGGGUGAAAAUUGCUGAACUAGCCAAGGCUCAUACCAAGGCUUUAAUGCCCUCAUUUGGAGAUGGAAAAGAAGAUCAACGCAGGAUUGAGUCUCUUACUCAAGAGAUUACCGUUCUUUUAAAAAAGUCUGAGAAGAGAUUACAGAUACUCUCUGCUGGUGGGCCUUCUGAGGACUCUAAUAUUAGGAAAAAUGUGCAGCGCUCUCUCGCCACUGACCUUCAGAGCCUUUCAAUGGAACUUCGCAAGAAACAGUCAACUUAUUUAAAGCGACUCCAGCAGCAGAAAGAGGGUCCAGAUGGGGUCGACAUAGAAAUGAACUUAAAUGGGAAUAAUUCCAGAAGAGAAGAUGAUGACUUGGACGAUAUGGGGUUUAAUGAGCAUCAAAUGGCCAAACUAAGGAAAAGUGAGGCAUUCACGGCAGAAAGGGAGAGAGAAAUCAACCAGGUUGUGGAAUCAGUACAUGAGCUUGCUCAGAUUAUGAAGGAUCUAUCAGUGCUCGUCAUUGACCAGGGCACUAUUGUCGAUAGGAUAGACUACAACAUUCAGAAUGUUGCAGCAUCAGUCGAGGAUGGCUUUAAACAGCUGCAGAAGGCAGAGAAAACACAGAAAGAAGGGGGAAUGGUGAUGUGUGUUUCAGUUCUCAUCAUCAUGUGCUUUAUCAUGCUGCUCCUCCUAAUUCUCAAGCAAAUAUUUUUGUGAUCAGCGACAUUUUUUUAUAAAUCUCGUUUCAAGUCACCUCACUGCAACUCUCCCCUUCAACUUUUACAUACUGAGGUGUGCUGUUUUUUGGAAGUUUUGGGGAUUUUGAAUCAUCCCAGAUGGUUACACUACUAGAUUAGUUAUAUUCGAUCAUAAUAUUGUUAUUACUAUUACUUCUGUUUUUAAUUGUAUUUUUGCGAAGGGGAGCAAGGCGAGGGAGAACGGGAUGUAUUACUUGUGAGUACUACGGCCUAAUGUAAAGAGCUAUAUUGUAAUUGGGUGAGGAGGGUCUUUGUGCACAAAGGACUUGGUAUAUAUUCAUUUUGAUUACCCUUGGAGAUUCUGUAAUUUUGUUAAAAAUGCUCAUUUUUUUUCUGAGGGGAAGAGCACUUUGUACCGAUUCUUUCUUGUAAUAAAAUGGAAAACAUCCCAUUUCAGUACUGGCACGUUCAAGAGAAACUCCUUGUACGCAAAUGAAAUUUUUAUGAACUAUGAUAUACUCAUUUCCAGUUUUUA